ACUCGUCACUAUCUGGUUGUGAGAGAGGAGGCUUGCUCUGUGGGAGGGUCAGUGCAAGACCCGCUUUACUUAAGUUUGCCUCAGAGGCUCCGGUCAGUAACAGCAGGUUGUAACUUUUGCAGUUUAUUUUGUUACUUUGGAGGUAUUCUUUGACUGCCAACAUGCCAAAAAGCCCGGAGCAGCGCUCUUACUUGGUUCUGGAGAACUACAUUGGAGGAAAGUUUGUAUCUUGUAGGAACCACAUCGACUCCUAUGACCCUUCCACCGGGGAGGUCUACUGCAAAGUACCGGACAGCGGCAAGGAGGAGGUGGACGCGGCAGUGGCAGCGGCGAGAGAAGCCUUCCCUGAUUGGUCAGCUCGUAGUCCCCAGCAGCGAGGAGAAGUCCUCAACAAGCUGGCCGAUCUGAUUGAAGCCAACAUGGAGGAGUUCAUUCAAGCUGAGUCCAAGGACCAAGGGAAAACUGUGACGUUUGCUCGGACCGUGGAUAUACCCCGGUCCGCGUACAACUUUCGCUUCUUCGCCUCGUCCGUGCUUCACCACACCACCGACUGCAGCCAGAUGGACCACAUGGGCUGCCUGAACUACACCGUGCGCUGUCCGGUGGGAGUGGCUGGCUUGAUCAGUCCCUGGAACCUCCCUCUCUACCUGCUGACGUGGAAAAUUGCGCCGGCGAUUGCCACGGGCAACACGGUGGUGGCCAAACCGAGCGAGAUGACCUCUGUGACCGCGUGGAUGAUGUGCAAGCUGAUGGGGCAAGCUGGUGUCCCUCCAGGUGUGGUUAACAUCGUGUUUGGCACCGGCCCGAGAGCGGGAGACGCCCUUGUUUCCCACCCAGAAGUCCCGCUGAUCUCCUUCACUGGCUCCUCUGCCACAGCCCGGCGCAUCACGGAGCGGAGCGCCCCCUACUGUAAGAAGCUCUCCCUGGAGUUGGGGGGUAAAAACCCAGCCAUUAUCUUUGCUGACGCAGACCUGGAGCAGUGCAUCGAGACGACCGUUCGCUCAAGCUUUUCCAAUCAGGGAGAGAUUUGCCUGUGCACCAGUAGAAUUUAUGUGGAGAGGAGCAUUUACUCUGAGUUUCUGGAAAGAUUUGUAGCUGCAGCUAGGAAGUGGAAGACCGGCGCUCCAUCUGACCCAAACAACCACAACGGCGCCCUCAUCAGCAAAGAGCAUCUGGAGAAGGUGCGCAGCUUCGUGGCACUUGCUAAAUCAGAAGGAGCCGUAAUCCACUGCGGUGAAGGAGUGGACUGCCUAGACCUUCCCGAGCCCAACAAGUCCGGCUACUUCAUGCCUCCUACGGUGAUCUCAGGCAUCUCUGACCGCUCCCGGGUCAUGCAGGAGGAGAUCUUCGGCCCAGUCACCUGCGUCUGCCCUUUUGACACGGAGGAUGAGGCAGUUGCCAGGGGAAACGGGGUCCGCUAUGGCCUGUCAGCCACCGUGUGGUCCAGGGACGUGGGAAGGGUUCACCGUUUGGCCCAGCGUCUGCAAGCUGGACUGGUGUGGACCAACUGCUGGUUGGUGAGAGAUCUGAAUCUGCCAUUUGGAGGAAUGAAGCACUCGGGUGUGGGCAGGGAGGGGGGGAAGGAUUCCUAUCACUUCUUCACGGAGGUGAAAAGCAUCACCAUCAAACACUGAUGAGCAUCGUUGUGUUUGACGCUAGCGCUGGCGAGAUGUGAUUCACACAAUCAUGGGAGAAAUAUGUCAUUCCUUAUCUUGGCAUGCAUUAUUUUUUUUUUUUGCCAGCAGCUGUGCAGAAUUUAAUUGAUGAAUUUGUCUUGCCCCAAAUCACGGAUUUCUAGAAACAAUCAAGCACCGUUGGUUGAAAAUUCAAGUGAAGCGAAAUACAGGCUGAAACUUCAGAAAUGAAUAAAGUAACACGUUAAUGUUAAAUUGAAUGCAAAUAAAGAAUAAUUCUGUCAUAUAAGGUG